ACCGAGGCUAUUUUUGGCACACGCUUUUCGUUUGUAUUCCGUGAACCUGCUCAGCUGAUGUUGUGAUUUCUGGUGUAUUGAAUGCGCUCAGCCUCCGAAAGGAUGGAAGAGAGACGUUUUCAUCUCAUAGUGCGACUCAAGACACUUUUCUGGCUUCCGCAGUCGUAAUUAGUGUUUCUGAUUAGUGUUAAUGGCUAUGAUUCGCCCAAGCAACACGUACGGCUGUACGGGUGUUCUUGUCACACAACUUCAUUUCGAUGGUACUGUUGUGGACGGUCUACAACGCUUGAAAGCAAUUUUACGCCUACUGUCUUUCGGUGGUAUCAGCUAAUGAAAUUUAUUAUAUAAAUUUGACGGUGGCCUGUUCUUAGGCUGAUCGAUUUGGUCUCUGCAAGAGAGCGCAUAUCGUGCCUCAACUUUUGACUCAUUUGUCAGUCAGCGCCUUCGAGGAAACAUAUUGUGUUCGGCUGCAUCAGUCGAGGAACGUGGGGCGGUGCGCAGAGCAAUGCCAGUGCAGGCACCGCAAUGGACAGAAUUUCUGUCGUGCCCCAUUUGCUACCGGGGCUUUGAGGGCAGCGUGCGUCGCCCCGUGAGCUUGGGCUGCGGUCACACAUUGUGCACCCACUGCCUGGCCAAACUGCAGCGUCGCCAGUGCCCCUUUGACCAGAGCCCCAUUGCGGGGCCGCAUCCCCUGCCUGAGAACUCUGCCCUCCUGCGCCUGGUGGGAGCGGGGGGGAGCAACACCCUGUCUGCUCCGCAGGGUCUCGCUCCUCAUGAACGUUCCUGCUACAUGCGGGCUGUGUGCUACAUCGAAGAACUGGCGCUCUUCCUCAAGCCAGGCUCUCAAGUGUCUAAAGGCCCAGGCUCAACUAUCAAUGCAGGAGGGGGACUGAGCCGACCCAUGCAGCGCAAGCUAGUGACCCUCGUCCACUGUCAGCUGGCUGAAGCGGAGGGUCGUGCACGAGCAGCUCGGGCGGCUCGUUCCCUUGGCGACCGUUCGGCCACGGAGCUGCUGCUUCAGCACCAGAAUGGACAGCAAUUGUCGGCCCACCUGUGGGCUGCUGUGCGUGCUCGGGGAUGCCAGUUUCUGGGGCCUGCCAUGCAGGAAGAGGUACUGCGCUUGGUGCUCUUGGCUCUGGAGGACGGCUCGGCCCUCUCGAGGAAGGUGCUGGUGCUGUUCGUGGUGCAGCGGCUCGCCCCACACUUCCCACAGGCCUCUAAGACCUCUAUUGGACAUGUUGUACAGCUCUUGUACAGGGCUUCCUGCUUUAAGGUAUCCAAGCGGGAAGGGGAUUCUUCGUUGAUGCAACUGAAGGAAGAAUUCCGAACGUACGAGGCUCUUCGCCGGGAGCAUGACGCUCAAAUUGUGCAGAUAGCUACAGAAGCUGGGCUGCGCAUCGCCCCUGAACAGUGGUCCUCUCUACUUUAUGGUGACACAGCGCACAAGUCUCACAUGCAAUCUAUCAUUGAUAAGCUACAGACACCACAGUCAUUUGCGCAGAGUGUACAGGAGCUAGUGAUCGCUCUGCAACGUACAGGAGAUCCUGGGAACCUAUCCGUGCUUCGCCCACACUUCGAACUUCUGGCCAGCAUUGACCCUAGUCCUGAUGCGAGCGCUCCUUCGUGGGAAGAACUAAGCAAGGCGGUGGAGGCAGCAGCCACAGUAGUGCAGGGGCUCGCAGAGUUCCUGGGCUCUUUUGGGACCCGCGGAGGGAGGCUGCACCAUGAGGAAAGACCGGGACCUGGGCCUAAGUAUAAGACCAGCCUCUGUCGAGAUUUGGCACAGAGAGGAUCCUGCCCCAGGGGUCCCAACUGCACCUUUGCCCACUCGCAGGAGGAAAUGGACAGGUAUCGUGCAAAGAGCAAGCGAUCUCUGAGUGGCCAUCGUGGAGGAAUGCAGUCCCCAAACUUUUCAAAGUGCCAGGAAGUUCCACAUCUGGGCAUGCCUGGGAUCAAUCAAAACCAUCAUGUUUACCAUCCUGGUGACACCGGUUCAGCUGAAGGGAUCUACAUUAGUGAUGCUUCUUGCCGGGGUAUACUGAGCCCACUGGGUACACACGGUCUGAAUCCAGACAGUCCGGCCUUCCAGCCGUCGCCUCCUGCGUUCCCCGUAGCACUUCCCUUGGCCAUUCAGUUGCCGCCUUCACAUACUGACAGCAAGAGUUUCUUCACAGUCAGCCACUCUGAGCAGAUCAAGAAAGUACAAAAGAACCAGAACAUCGCCAGCCAGAGCCUAGCUGAACUGCAGCAGCGCAAAAAGGAGAUCAUAGCGAAGCUUGGCAGUUGUGAUAACGUCAGGGUAGAGGAGAAGGAGUUGGAGGGAUUUCCAUCUCCACAAUAUUCUCCGUGGACAUCUUCAAGUUUCUUCAAAUACAAGGCGCCAUCAGGGAGCAUGAGCAGCAGUACAAUCUCCACCGUCAGCUCGACUAAUGUUCAGUCGAGCGCUGAAACAUCGCCCUCUGAUGGGUCCAGCAAUGACUGUGAGGAUCACAGCACCAGGCGUGGUCCCCACUGUCCCUCGGAAGAAGACCCGCUGGUUCCGUUCGGUCCCCCUCUGGUGUCCAAAUAUGGCCCUAUCUCGCGCAGUGCCCGUGCAUUUGUGCGGGGUCCCGCACCCAUCCAGGUGAAUGCCAUCUCCCAAAUGGGUCAGCUGACGAGUCCUACCUCAUCGGUGAGGCAUCCGGUGCCAUCCGCCUCACCCGCACCAUCUCUCUAUGCACUCGGAGGCCAGGGUUUUGCAGUCCCAUUGGCCAUUUUCCCCCCUGUGGCCGAUCAGCUAAUUCCCCUGGGAGCUGUGGUUGAAGGUGCUGCUCCUGCAGUGGUGCUUCCUAUUAAAGCGCCUCAUCCUCAUGCACCGCUGGCCUUGGGGGAGGUCGCAUUUGCUGAGCCUUGGCCAUCACCAGUUAUGAGCAAUGGAAAAUCUGACGAGGACACCCUUCGUGAACGUCUUGAGCAAGAACUGCGGCUGGUCGAGCAAAGUAUAGAGCACAGAGAAAAAAUCAUUGCUCAGUGUGAAGACGACUUCGACGAACUGGCUGCCUCACCCAAAAUCAGGCAGCAGCAGCAGCAGAGGGCUGUUCCAACGUCCAUCGGACCCUGGUCACUGAGUCACCUGGAGCAGGAUGGUGACAAGUAUGAGGAUGGAAUUGAUGCUAUUGAAAGGCAUUGGCUCCAAGAACUUGAAAAAGAUGAGGAGAACAUUUGGAAACAGGACAAUUCUUCACAGGAUGGUUCUGACCAGAAGGAACCAGCCAUAUCAUCUACAUGAGGACUCGAGUCUGGUCGCCGAGAGAUGCACCGGAAGCCAUCACAUCGUAUAGGCCUGCGCACGCCUUCGGGCAUGUUAGUGUUCUUGCAUAUGGUCUCUGGUAUGCACAAUCACGUCCUAAGCAUCACUGUUGCCCGCCCUCCACGUUUCCACCCACUGUCUGUAGCCGUAACUAGUAGCGGCUGUAUGUUUCGACACUUGUUUUGAGAUUCGUCUUUGCCAUUGGCAUCCCACCAGUAUGUACACUGUAGAAAUGUUGUGCACCACACAACUCUUGUUUGUAGGAGCAGCGUUAGGGACGUGAUGUAUUUGUGACAUUUUACUGGGUCCAGCUCCAGGACAAGGAUUGGUAAUUUGUGUCCUGCAGGAUGUAUUGUACAGUGUCUACUUUUAGCAGUCACUUUUGCAGGUUGUAAUUUUUUAGGACUAUUUUGCAGAGAGCGAGGUUGCGUUUGGGCCGCCACGAAAUUUUGUUUCAGCGUUUAGAUAGCGUUUACCGGAUUUGUGAAAGUGACAGGUCUUGUGACGAUGGCAUUGUAAGUGCACGGAUAACGAAUGACUUUUUUUAUAUAAAAAUAGUAAACACGCCAUUUCACAAACUUGUUGAUUUGCUAUUCUUGCACUGCAGUAAUGCGUGGCUUUUCUUACUUGGCCAGUCGUUUGUUUAGAAAUUCUAAGUGUGUUUUAGCGUAGUAGCCCUUAGCCAUAGUUGGUUUGUUAUCAGAGUGCAGUUUGCUGCUUUUAAGUGCUGCCACCUUUUGUGGUAACCUGAAAACGCUUUGUCCUGUUGUGGAAAAACUUGCGAUUCCGAUAGUGAGUGCGGGAAGAACACAUGGACACAAACCAUGACCUACUAUAUUAUAACGACCAUGUCCCAGCGCCGCAUUUGGAAGCUAGCGGUGGCGCCACUCAUCGACCCGGUUAUCGCUUCCUCCAUUUCUGCAAUACUUUGUACUUUACCUUACCUUAGUAUUUUUGUACAAGCGGUGCAUGUCCCAUGGGAGAUGCUUCUUUCUAAAGCUGAUUAUCAUCAUCAUUGUACGCAUUUUCACAAGAGCUCUCGCUGUCGUCUGCUACGGUAGCUGUACGUGCGCUUCUGCGCGUUCAAAAUUCAAAUUUCCAUCGUCCAAUCACGAUGCAGAUCUCGUGGGUCGAUGAGUAGCGCCCCCUAGCGGAUCGUGCGGACGGGCUUCUCAUAGUGGUUGCCGAUUAUGACGUGGUCGUUAUAAUUUAGUAGGUCGUGACAAAAAAAAAAAAACUCUCAGUGGUGAGUGCUGUGUGCUUGUGUUGUCCUGCUACUCAGUGUCUGCGACGUUCCCUUUACCAACCAACCGAUCGCAGUAACGCAGUUAGUUUGUUACUUGAACCAUUUGCACUUUUUGUCCAAUGGCAGAGGUAUAUAAUUGAAGGCACGAAGAGCAAAAAUAAUUGCUGUCCACGUUUUGGUAAAGCGUCGUGCAGGUGCAGCAAAUGGUACUGACCCAUCUACAGUUAAUGGCUGUCUUUAUCUGUUUAUCUAUUUGUUGUACCCAAUAAUGUAAGUGAGCAUAAUGCAGGGGGACGUAAAACUGCCACGUGGCUGCUCAGCCCGCCUGGAUACGUAUUGAACAUCCAUUAGUUUGAAGUGAUGACUUCAACUUGAGCAUUGCCUUGUUCAGUAUCUGGACAGACACACACGCAAAUAUUUGUAGCAUGUGUAUUGAAAUGACCCAAGCGAAGGCACUGGGUAAAGGUCUCCCUACUGGUAUGACGGUGUGCAAUUUAUUCAUAAUAUUUAUGAGGUAACAGGUAUAGAGGAGAAAAUUAUGCCUUUGGCACAACCACGUUAACUGUCUUGGGCACGACAAACAGCGGAUGUGUUAGCAUUGUUUUUCCAGUGCUUUUGCUCGGCCAGCCAGUGGUGCCAGCCGCUUUGUUCUCCCAUUGGUUUUGUGAGAGAGUUAACUAAGUUCGCAGUACGUUGUGGAGAUAUGAGGGAUUAUUAUUGUUUCGUGUAAGGUCACGUGUAGUGGCUUCCCUUUAAUCACUUUUGCUUGCAAGUAGAUGUCUCUCUGACACUUUUAAGCCAUUGGUUGUGGUGCCUUCUUGAGAAGUUGCAGAUAGUUUGAGCACACAAAUGGUGCAACAGCUAGUCAGAAUGCUUUCGCACGAUUCAUUAAUUGUCUCCCCACUCCCCCCCGACAGGGUUUCUGGUUCCUGGUAACAUUCAAGCACUGCCAAUUAAAAAAUAGCUUCUACUUUGCUUCCGAAGAUCUCUGUUGGAGGGGCCACGGAAGUGCAGAAAUGCUCGCAAAACGAAAUGUGCCACUACUGGGGCCCAGAAUUUUAGGCAUUUGUAUAAAUGCCUAUAAACACCUAGAUACCACACUCUGAGGGUUGCCAGCCUCUUUAUCAGCUCUAUUAUAUUGUAGCCUUUUCUUAACAUUUUUCGAUGCCAUAACGGCCUUUUUUAGAGGUACAAGUUCAAGUGCACCUUUCAGUAUCAUGAUGCAUUUUGCUUUUCGUUCCUUUGUGUUCGCACCUUUUGUUCUCUCUUUUUUUUUUCUUCUCUCGUUUGGUUUCCUUCAGAACCCUGGGUUGCUACAAGGGGUUAAUGUAUAUUUGAUCAAAACAUGUUGCCUUUCUUGGCCUUUCGAGAUCUUUGAGGGCGGAAAACUAAAAGUAGUAUCCAAUGUCGCCUGCUUUCAUGCCACCUCAGCAUUCGUGUACAAGAACUCGAAGCUUGUACGGUACGGUACGGUACGGUACGGUAUCCUUUUUUUUUCCUGGAUGGACCAUUCUGAAGCAUCAACAAAGCCAAAGAGUGUACCAGGUUAACUUGCCUAUUUUUGUACUUUAUUGCAAUUUUACUGUUUUUCAGGGCCUGAUUGCUUGCCUAUUUUCAUCGUUUUUAAUGCCUACAUUUUCGGGCCCUAGCCAUCACAUUACAGCAAUACAAAAAGGAUUCACCCAUCGUGCCAUUCGUGGUUUGCGCACAGUGAGUGUCGCAAUUUACGCGUUCCCUACAGAGCGGCCUGUCGCUGCUCUCCUCAAACAAGCGUGAACUGCCGUUUCAUUUGCACGUAGGUUACGAAUGACUCAAUGCAUGAAUCUCGUCCCUUUUGAGUUGCUCUCGAGGUAACGGCAUCUUUUAUUCUGCGAGGAGAAAUCUUUGCACUUUAGUGUUCCCUUAAAAGAGUUGUGAGUCUUCUGUCUUAAGAAGAAGAAGAAGAGAAAAGGAUGGGAGAAUUUAAGCCAGAAGUCUGAAACAUGGGCUGCAAAGAACGUGUCCGUACAGGGCCGCAGUCUGUAUUUUCAGUGUCGGCCAUUGGAGUAUAUUGGCGCAUACAACACUGUGUUACUGGAAGCUCCGUUAUUGGAAGUACUGGUUCAGCUAUUCUGAGAUACUUCACAAUGUAUUUUCAAAGAGCGCAGCCAAUAAGGCUGCAGCUGAGUAAGCAACAAUGAGAUAUACCUCUAUAAGGAUCCUGACUUUGCUGAGUGCUGUUCAAGUUUAAUUGGGUGAACCAAAAUAUCUGCGUGAAUAACUGCAAAAAAAAACAACCAUAAAUAUUGUGACAGACCACUGCACACAGACGAAACCAACUGCAUGCCGUUAGCGGUCCUGUAUUGUAGUCAGCCGUACUGUUUUCAUUGUGCCAAGUUAACUAAAUAUGACUAGUUAAUCUUAGCUAGUUAGUGAAUGAGGCACAAUGAAGACAACAACACUGGCAAACCUUAUACACAAGUGACAAGUGGUAACAGCUUUCAGUUUUUCAAUGGCAUGGCGCCCUGAAUUGUUGUGGCACAGAUUAUCACCAAAAUCUAUCUAAAUCUCAUCUAGACAAUUUUGCUAAACAUAGCCAUCAGGAACCAGAAAUCCCAGCUAAGCAUAACCUUUUUUUUAAGUGAAGGAACGCGCGUGUACUGCAUUCCAAAACAAGCAUUAUAUCUUUUCCCUCUGUAUAAACAGAGCUUGUUUGAGGUGUGCUUUAUGUGUGGUGUUGUGAUGUGUGAAUGAAAGCAUGCAGUUCAAAAAGCAGAUUGUAACGUUAGAGCUUACGCUUGCCUUCAAGGAAGCCGGCAAAGUCUGUGUCCCACUGACCUGCUUUGAGGAGCAUUUUUCUCUGGUUCACAUUGGCGUGUUCUCGUACAUCCUGGUAUUCAUGUUUCGUGCUUCACUAGAGCCACACUCUUUUAGAUACCUCUAAAGCAGUGGUUCUCAAUUGAUGUUGUUUGAACCUAAGAUCAUCCAGGCACAACUUCAGGGAACCUACGACUACUACGCAAUGAAAGAGGCGAACUAGAUCUUGUACAAGAAAAUUGUUACUUUUCAUUGCCCGAGGUAUGCACUCAAGUUUCACUCAUGGGAGGUGAACAGCACCAUGUUUGCGGGACCUCGGGAUGGGAACCACUGCUCUAGAGAGAGACAUCCUACCAAAUAAUAAGUACGCAAAGGGUGGGUUGCUAUGAGUUUUGUAAAGCAAUAAGUGAUCAAAUUCAAGGGCUGUUAUCUUUAUAUUGACUUUUGCAUGGUUUCUGGUCGUGCAAACACUGCAGGGAGAACUUUGAACUCUCUUUUCAUUUCCACUCUUGCAUCCUCAAGGGUGAUUUGUUGCCCCCCCGAGCUCGACGUGUGUUAUUCAGUUCCGAGCGUAUCACAUUAAAUGUUACAGUCAUCAUUUAUGCUGUGUGUAUGGCAAGUCAAUUGGGCAUACGUUUCAGAAUUGUGCCACAGAAGUGUUACGGUACAGCUUUCGUUUUUGAAAUGCUGCCUGAACGAGGUACUGUUAAGCUUUUUCGACGUUUUAUCUGUGUUGGUGUAGACUUUCCUUACACACUUCAAGUAUCUUGUAAGAUUGUUGUAACCAAGCACGGGCCAAAAUGUUGCCUCUCUUCUUUUCCGUGUUAUUACUUUUUUUUUCAUCUUUGUGCAUCAUCUUCACAUUGUUGGCCAUAAAUGAGUUUCCAUGGACCGAUAUCAUUUAUUCCUGUCCGUAUGAAGACAGGAUUGUACGGUGGUUUCCAACUGUGUAUGCACAAAGGAACAUCUGUGAAGUGUAGCCCACUUGGAUGUUUAUGUAUGUACCUGGCUAUAUUACUGGAGGCCAUAUUAUCAAUUUCUGAGAAAUAUUAAGAUACGUGUUCUUAUCUGGACUUGUAUAUGUAUAAACAGAGUCCGGUCGAAGAGAAUUAUUCGGGCAGUAUGAUCGCCCUGCAUAAAUUUGUGCUGAGAUAAGUGUCUGAUAAGUAUCUGAUAAGUAUAGAAAGGUAGUGGCAGAGAAGCAUAUUUUUCGUUGCAGAAGUGGGAAUUCAUCGUGCCAGAUGGCAGCAGUUGUGCAAGAAUUGUUGCACGAUAUGUAGUCUUCACAUGUUUGGAAACAUGCUUGGAUAAGCUGAGAUGAACACGAUAGUAUUGUCCUGGUAGACUUUAAUGACCCAUAUAGAUUUUGAAUUCGAGUUAUGCACUGUGCUAGAGUACUACAAUACUUAGUCGUGCAAAUAUGCCCCUUGGGUAAGCAAAUACAGCUAACCAGUUCUGGCUGCAUAGAAGGCAUGGAGACUCCUUUCUUAUUCAGUUUGUGAUACUUAAAUUUGUCUGGAAUGUUGCAUUAACUUAUAUACUGUACCUCUUAUUGCAGUUAGUCUUUUAAAACAUGAUAAUUUCUUUAUACCAAAAGGAUGAAGUUCCAGUCAAAAGCAGGUUAUUUUGAAGCAAGAACGGAAAGCACAUUUGGAAAAAAGACACAUAUAGUAGUAUAGCAUCUCUGUGGAGUAUUGGGCACAAUACAGUUGGAUAAAUUUCGCUUGAACCUGUUGCCUCCAGAUCUUGCACAACCCCUGUCUGAUACGGCAUGUUUGAAUACCCCCCUAUGGCCUGAUGUGGCAAAGACGAUGUGACGUUCAGCGGGACUGUGUGACUUGUUCUCUGUUUAUACAUGUAUAAUAUAGUUCCCAAUUUUCCCUAAGUGGAAAAUCUAGCUAUUCUUGUUGAUUGCAAGCUGGAUAACAUUUUUGUCACUUUUUGUGGCACCUUUGACGUGGAAGCUCUUGUGACUUUGAGAAUGUUUUAUCUUGUGCCACGUUGUUUGUUGUCACAAGUGUACAAACACUUCCAAAAUAUUACAUUGAAGUAAAAUAAAAUACGGCUGUAGCUAUAUAUCAA